GUGUAACCUCCUUUACACACCACAGUCAGUACAGUCGACAAUGGAGCUGGAUAGCUUGUUGAGUUUUAACGGUGUGACUUUGGCCAUUUUUGUUGUUUUGUUGGUUUUGCUGAUCAGAUGGUUCAACCAGUGGCCGGCCAAUAUUCCACCCAGCCCGCCAGGGUAUCCUAUCGUGGGACAUAUACCUCUGAUGCUGAAGGGUAAACCCCAGGACAUAUACCGAGGACUUCGCCCAAAGUACGGGGACGUGUUCAGUCUAAAACUAGGCAGACGACUCUCUGUUAUUAUCAAUGGGUCUGAAGCACUACGGGAAGCUUUUAUAAAACAGGCUGAGGAUUUCUCGGAUCGCCCCGAUAUCUUUCUAAUGUCCGUACUUUUGAAGAAAAAAGGGAUAGCCGCAUCUUCUGGAGAACACUGGAAACGAACAAGGACGCUCGCACUCUCAACUCUGCGCGGUUUUGGAUUCGGGAAGAAGUCUUUAGAAGGUCGUGUCCUGGAAGAGGCGGAGGCAUUUCUCAGUGUGAUCGAAAAGCAGAACGGCACCCCCUACAGUGCUACCAGUAUUAUUCAGGUGAUGAUAUCAAACAUCAUUUGUAGUAUUGUGUUCGGCGAGAGGUUCGAUUACGACGACAAUAAGUUUAAGAAACUUCUAGAUAUGCUGGAAGAACUAGGUAGGUUGAACCCCAUUGCAGGAGUAAUGAACGUCAUUCCGUGGAUACGGUAUCUACCAGGGGAUAUCAUUGGCAUGAAAAAGUUUGCCAGACUUUUCCAAACUAUUUUUGACUUUAUUCAAGAGGAGAUUGCUGAACACAAAAGAACGUACGAUGAGGAUAACUUACGAGACUUUAUUGAUGCCUUCCUUAGACAGAAAUCCAAACAUGACUUGGACGAUCCUGUUUUUGAUGACUUUAAUAUCGAAGCAUCCGUUUUGAAUCUAUUUGUCGCCGGGACAGGAACAACAGCCUCUACAACGCAAUGGGCCAUAUUGUUUCUCCUUCAUCAUAGAGAUAUCCAGAACAAGUUAAGGGAUGAAAUCAGUACAGUUGUGGGCUCGGGUAGAUAUCCUUCCCUAAACGACAAACCAAACAUGCCUUUUUACGAAGCCUUCAUCACAGAGGUCAUUCGUAAGGGCAAUAUUGCACCUUUAUCAGUUCCUCAUGGAGCUACAAACGACAUCCAAUUCCGGGGAAUGACAAUUCCAAAGGGGUCACUCAUCACAGCUAAUCUGGAUUCUGUGUUAAACGACCCGGACACGUUCACUGACCCGGAUAAGUUCGAUCCGUACAGAUUUCUUGGAGAGGAUGGCCAACUCACGGGAAAGGAGAAAUCGGUAAUGGCAUUUUCUUUGGGAAGACGAGUUUGUCUCGGUGAAUCUCUGGCAAGACUUGAACUGUUUCUGAUUCUGACGUCCCUAGUUCAGAGAUUUGACCUUGUACCUGAAGACCCAGACUGUUUACCGACCUUAUUGCCCGUUCCCGGGGCAACACUACCACAACCGUAUAAAUUCCGGGCUUUAAAACGGACAUAAAAUGUGUACAGUAACAGUGGACUAUGAACAUAUGGAUGUAUAUAUUUCCACGUGUCUCAUAGAAACCAAAUCUGUUUGGUUGACAGGAUCAUUCUCCAGGUAAUAGUUUAAAUGUGUGUUUUAGAAGUAUUUUAGACGUGGUUAUAAAAUGUUACAGCUGUAUCUUUUGCAUGUUGUGUAUAACGUAGUAGAACUGUUAUUGAUAAUAAAAAAAUCAGUCAAAA